GCGUUUCUUUCAGGCAGGGCCGCGGGCAGCCCCGAGGCCCUUGUAAGGCGCGCGCCGCAGCCCCGCCUCCUUCCUUUCGGCCGGAACCGCCAUCUUCCAGUAAUUCGCCAAAAUGACCAACACAAAGGGAAAGAGGAGGGGCACUCGCUACAUGUUCUCUAGGCCUUUUAGGAAACAUGGAGUUGUUCCUUUGGCAACAUACAUGCGAAUCUACAAGAAAGGUGAUAUUGUGGACAUCAAGGGAAUGGGCACUGUUCAAAAAGGGAUGCCCCACAAAUGUUACCACGGCAAAACUGGAAGAGUCUACAAUGUUACCCAGCAUGCUGUUGGCAUCGUCGUAAACAAGCAAGUUAAGGGAAAGAUUCUUGCUAAGAGAAUUAAUGUACGUAUUGAGCAUAUUAAGCACUCAAAGAGCCGAGACAGCUUCCUGAAGCGUGUGAAAGAAAAUGAUCAGAAAAAGAAGGAAGCUAAGGAGAAGGGUACUUGGGUUCAGCUGAAGCGCCAGCCUGCCCCGCCCAGAGAAGCACACUUCGUGAGAACCAAUGGAAAGGAGCCUGAGCUGCUGGAGCCCAUUCCUUAUGAGUUCAUGGCAUGAUAAAUGUAAAAACAUAAAAUAAAAGACCUCAAGACUGUAAAA